CGGGACAGGAAGCGGAAAGCAGCAGCGCGGCGGCGGCGGGGCUCUGCCUGUACAGGAGCCCAGCGCAGGCCGCAGAACCGGGGCCGCUGUGAGCCAAGACCGCGGGCCGCGAAGCUCGCACGGCCGGCGCGGAGAAUUUGUUCCUGUUGAAGAGUGGCACCUUGGUUCCCAGACUCUUUGAGGUUUUAGGAGUCUAGUAGGUGAAAUUCCAAAUCUCUAAGGAGAAACAAUACCUGCUCCUCAUCAAGAGCAAGCCCUCCAUUGCUAUGGAUACCGAAUCCACAUAUUCUGGAUAUUCUUACUAUUCAAGUCAUUCGAAAAAAUCUCACAGACAAGGGGAAAGAAACAGAGAGAGACACAAAUCACCCCGGAAUAAAGAUGGCAGAGGGUCAGAAAAAUCUGUCACCAUUCAAGCUCCUACUGGAGAGCCCCUGUUGGCUAAUGAUUCUGCUCGGACAGAGGAAGUUCAGGAUGACAACUGGGGAGAGACCACCACGGCCAUCACAGGCACCUCAGAGCACAGCAUCUCCCAGGAGGACAUUGCCAGGAUCAGCAAGGACCUGGAGGACAGUGUGGGACUGGACUGCAAGCGUUACCUGGGUCUCACCGUCGCCUUGGUCCUUGGCCUUCUAGUGUUCCUCACGCCCAUUGCCUUCAUCCUGUUGCCCCCCAUCCUGUGGAGGGAGGAGCUGGAGCCCUGUGGCACCAUCUGUGAGGGACUCUUUAUCUCCGUGGCAUUCAAACUCCUCAUUCUGCUCAUCGGGACCUGGGCACUCUUUUUCCGCAAGCAACGAGCCGAUGUGCCGCGGGUAUUUGUGUUCCGUGCCCUUUUGCUGGUUCUCAUCUUUCUUUUUGUGGUUUCCUAUUGGCUUUUUUACGGGGUCCGCAUUUUAGACUCUCGAGACCGAAAUUACCAGGGCAUUGUGCAAUACGCGGUCUCGCUAGUGGACGCCCUCCUCUUCAUUCAUUACCUGGCCAUCGUCCUGCUGGAGCUCCGACAGCUGCAGCCCAUGUUCACACUGCAGGUGGUCCGCUCCACUGAUGGCGAGUGCCGCUUCUACAGCUUGGGGCACCUGAGUAUCCAGCGAGCAGCACUGGUGGUUCUGGAAAAUUACUAUAAAGAUUUCACCAUCUAUAACCCAAACCUCCUAACAGCCUCCAAAUUCCGAGCAGCCAAGCACAUGGCCGGGCUGAAAGUCUACAACGUAGAUGGCCCCAGUAACAAUGCCACUGGUCAGUCCCGGGCGAUGAUAGCUGCAGCUGCUCGGCGAAGGGACUCCAGCCACAACGAGUUGUAUUAUGAAGAGGCAGAACAUGAACGGCGGGUGAAGAAACGGAGAGCAAGGCUGGUGGUUGCAGUGGAAGAGGCCUUCAUCCACAUCCAGCGUCUCCAGGCCGAGGAGCAGCAGAAAGCCCCGGGGGAGGUGAUGGAGCCCCGGGAGGCCGCGCAGGCCAUCUUCCCCUCCAUGGCCCGGGCUCUGCAGAAGUACCUGCGCACCACACGACAGCAGCAUUACCACAGCAUGGAGAGCAUCCUGCAGCACCUGGCCUUCUGCAUCACCAACAGCAUGACGCCGAAGGCCUUCCUAGAGCGUUACCUCAGCGCGGGCCCUACUCUGCAGUAUGACAAGGAGCGCUGGCUCUCGCUGCAGUGGAGUCUCGUGAGUGAUGAGGCUGUGACUAACGGACUGCGGGACGGAAUCGUUUUUGUCCUUAAAUGCUUGGACUUCAGCCUUGUAGUCAAUGUGAAGAAAAUUCCAUUCAUCAUACUCUCUGAAGAGUUCAUAGACCCUAGAUCUCACAAAUUCAUCUUUCGCUUACAGUCUGAGACAUCAGUUUAAAAGUUCUAUAUUUGUGGCUUUAUUAAAAAAAAGAAUAUAUAUAUAUAUAUAUGUAUACCAGAAGGGCAUCAUUUUUUUAUUCUUCUUCAUUGCUGACUGAAGCUGGCAGAUGACAGACCAGUAUCCUUCAACCGUCUGCACUUUAUUUGGAAGGAAGCAGGGGAUGUCCACCCUGGGGAAAAGGAACUGACAGCAUCUACCUGGCUUUUGUGGAUGGGACUUCUCAAGAAGCCGUUCCCGGGUGUUUGUAUGACAGCUGUAAACCAAAGCGGAGCUGGCAGUUCUUGGGAGCCUCGCCUUACAGCAGUAGUCCCUGCCUUUUGUCCAGCACCACGCCCUCCUGUUGCUUCUGCUCAGCCCACUCAUAGACCUCUAGGGAAAUAUAUAUCCUCAUUCUGUUUUAGGAAACCAGACACGACACAUCCACGUAUGUGUUUGUGUGUGUGAAUGUCCAGGACCGUAUCACCCACGGGAGCCACGGGCUGUUCAGGAAAUGCCUGCCUUCAUCUUUGUUCUCUGUUGCCUUAGGUUCUGCAGAGAAAGAUCACAACAAAAAUGUGCAUUAUCAGUUUACAGCUCGUAAUGAUUUUGUUUUUUUCCCAAAGAGAAAACCUGACUGCCCUGUUUACGACCCUGCUUCCUUGAACAGGAAGACCUUGAUUCCUAGCCCUGUGAUUGCCCACCCAUCUCACUCCAUCCCCACCUCCCCUGCACAUACCACACCCCCACCUGGCUGGCAGGCCUGGCCAGGGAAGCCCAGCCCUCCGAGCUGCCUGGGGCCUGCCUCUCCACUGGUGCCCUUGGUUGGGCUCUGUGCACAGCCUCAUGUGGGUCCCCCGGAUUGUUUGUACAGGGAGAGCAGGCUGGCUAGGGUCCCCUUUUAGGCCUCCCCUUUCAGUUUCUCCUCUGCUUGGCAGUACGGGGGAAGACUGACACUGUGACAACUGGGCUGGCAGGUUCAGCUUGCAGCCUCUAACUUCCCAGGGACAGUUCUCACAAAGCUGCGUAGCAGGCUGCCCUGCUAAGGGAGACCAAACAGUGCCCACUCCAGUGACAACUGCUGCUGUCCAUUCUGAUUUCUGACCACCAUCACUGUGCAACUCUACCACUUAACUACCAGGGAAGGGGCUGGUUUGACCUCUGCUGCUGAAAUUGCUUGUAGUUGGUGAAGUGCAGAGAAGGAAUGGUCCAGCUGCAGAAUUUGGGGAAGGGUAGGGAGCUGGUCUGAUGGUCCAGAACGAUGCUUCUGGGAUCUGUUUCUUAAGUGCAGCCGGUUUCUAGGGAGUUUCCCCUGGCUGGGGAGCAGAGGAGGCCGAGCUGCGGGUGGAGCACCUGUCCCGGUGGAAGUGUGCUGUGGUGCGCUCCUCACGGGGCCAUGUGGACGCCUUGUGGUGUGCUGUCCGCCCCUCCACUUGCCCUUCUGUAUCCACGACAAACCUUUACAAAGGAUUCGCUCUUGCUCUUCCCAGGUAUUUAGGGUUCUCAGUUAUCUUGCUGUAGUAAAGGAUGACUCUGUCAGAAUGCUCUGUGUGUGUGUAUGCAUGGGUACCCAUCCACCAGUGGUGCAGUAUUUGUGUAUCAUUUUUGUAAAUUACAGCUGGAUUUGGAUAUUUGUAAUAUACUUGUACCUGAAAAAGUAAACAGCAGUCUUGAAUCAACAACCUUCAACUCAAAAAGUUGUGCUGGAAAAGAAGGAAAGAGAAGCCAGGCGGUGUGAUGUGGAGCUAAGAUGCACAUUGAACUAUGCAGUCCUGUUUAUGAAAACCACACACUGUGUAACCAUGGUGCUUUUGUCUGCUUACUUUUUGCCUCUAGGUUCCUUCAAACUGGAUGUUCCUUAUGAUAUCUUUCUCAGGAAAUAUAUUUUGGGAGAUGGGGCAAGGGAUGGUGAAUGUGUAUGAGACUUGGGCUGUGUAAAGAUUAUAAUAUCCCAGACCAAAUGUGUCCGAGGCCCCUGCACAGUAGCACAGCACGUGGAGUGCCACACACAGUUCACGCUGUUCAUUCAUAGAACGAGUAGUUCAUCUACACUGUUCGUCGGCAUUUGGAAAUACUGUGCUUCCAGCACUAUCUUAGAUGACCAGCCCAGAAGGGGUUAAGUUGGACUAAUUUGGUGCAUGCAUUCCCAGCAGAUUGAAGAGAGGCUUAAAUUAAGGAAUUUGUUUUCUUUCUACCCCUUUUUGUCUCUUCCAGUCUCUGCAUAGGAGAAUGUCAGACUUUUUGAAAUUAUUGUUUCUGUUUUAAAUUGAAUAUUGAUUUUUUUACACUGACUUUGUAUUGAGUCCUUUUUGAAAGAAUAACAAAAUAAAGUGCAGGAUCUUUGUAUAAAGCCUUUGUACUUUCAAACUCUUACUAGCUCGAGUUAACUGGUGCAGUGCGAACAAUGUAAAUGGCUUUAAAAAAUUUAAGGUUCAGAAAGCUGUGUCACACAAUUGAACACAAUGUGUUUUUAUUUCAGUUCUUGGAACCAAUAGGCUUUCUUUUUAAACGGGUGUAAACUGUGCCCUAGGGCUUGGUGAAUAUAUGACACAUUCACAUUAGAGGAGACAGGAUUUCGUUUGCCUUUAAUGUUUAUAGAUUUUCUGUAACUUUCAACCCAAGUUAUUAAAAUGUGAAUGUUAAGUUUUAAAGAGUAGAAGACCUUAAUGAGAAAUGCAUGGCUGAGAUCACUCUUCCCUGGUGAUGUUUUAAUCAGCAGAUGACUUUUGUUCUUAAGUGUGUACUUUUGAAGAUAAUGACAACUUUUAAUCAUCCUUGAACUAAAUGUUAAGAAGUCGGCAUUCUUAGAGUUGGAAGGGAUUGGAAGGUUUUGUAGUUCAUACAUCCUUUGUGUGAUCAGCUAAGUCAAAACCUGUAAUACUUUUGCUAAAAUUCACAAAGUGUAAGCCCUAGAGAAAACAACCAGUUUUUGGCCCAGCUAUCACUGUCUCCCUUUCUCCCUCUGUCCAUCCUUUCCAAAUCUCUGGACAGGACAGUCUGUACAGCAGAUGGGGAGAGGUGGGUGGCCUGUGCAUGUGUGAUGGGGCUCCUUGUUGGAGCUUGGAGCCCUUCUCCACGGGGUGGCCGUGGCUCUGCAGGGUGUACAGGAUGGGCACGAGGUGCCCCCCACCCCCACCACUGGGUGGUAUUCCACUCUCACCUUCGUGUCUCAUUUUUGUUUUGAGUGCCUGUGUUUAGAUACUGCUACAGCUCCAUGGCAAGCCACAGGCCUGCUAGGCUGACAGAAAGUGAUCACCCUGCACAUCCUCUCCCCACACCUUUAAGAGUGAGUGCCCAUUGGGCCCUUGGUUUACUCUCUCCUAGCUGUGCCCUGCUACCUAAGGCUUCCUAAACGGGAUGCAUAUUUGUUUCUGGAUUUGUGUUUCUGUACCUGUGAGCAUUCCUCUGAGUGUAAUUACCAGAUGGACAAUGUGUUUGUAUGCUAGACAUCUGACCUCUGUGUUACCUGUAGCUGAUGGGCACACGGCCCGGCAGAUGACGGCUUCUGUAUGUGUUUCUGUGGGUGAGUGGGUGUCUGUUUCUAUGUAUGUCCUAUAUUGGAGAGAUUUCCUAACCUAGCACCCAUAUUUUGGGAAGUUACUCUAAAGCCAGUUAUUUUUCCCUCCCCUUCUUCAUUCCUUUCACUCAGUUACACUGGCUUUUCCCCAGGAGUAAAUGGCUUUUAGCACAGAAGUGGCCUGGAGAGCUUGCUGUCCUGCAGACAAGUCCAUCAGACCCUUUCUUGCAUCAAGACCCUAGGACCCCAAAACAGCAAAAAAUGUUAAAAGAAAGGUCAAGCUCUACUAUAGUUCCUGCCCCAACUUCACUACCCUGGAAGCCUUACUCUGUAUUUCUCAAAACUUAAAA